AUGGCCACCAACUAUUUGCUGGAAUCCAACACGGAGAUGCAUAUCUCAAAUUCCAAAUUUCUUCACUGUUCAGGGCCUAUGGCCAUCGAACCAGGCCGAACCUUAACCUUGCUUGGCCAGAUUUAUUUGGCAAUGAUGGCCAAUUAUGGGAGGAUGAGUGGAAAAAAAUAUGGAGUGUGUUCGACAUUCAUACCAGUGGACUAUUUUCAACACACCAUGACUCUAUGGUUUAAAUACAAUAUCACCAACAUGUUUGUAGAGGAUGGUGUCCCACCAGGGGAUUGGUAUACUCGACAACAAAUCACGAGGUCUAUAGAGAAAAAGACUCAAGCUUCACCCGAUAUUGUUUGUACGGGUCAAUAUUUAAAAGAGAUACACGUCUGUCUGGAUCCUACAACAGCAACAACAUUUGUGGCUUGUCCAGGAUCACCGAGUUGUCCUACCUAG